GAGAGAGAGAGAGGGAGGGAGGGAGGGAGGGAGGGACGGGGGGGGACAAGGGGCGCGUGGUUUUCCCAUCUCAUCCCUGGAGGAGGGGCUGGAGCAUCCCGGGCAGCCAAUCAGAGAGAGGCUGGGGGGGCACUUUGAAGAAGUUUGGGGAAAAAAGUUUGGAAAAGUUUCUAUAAUAACGAGGGGGCGUCCGGAGGGAGGCGGCGGCGGCGGAGGAGGGGGCGUCUCAGAGAAGGGAGGGCGGGAGCCACGGGUCAAGAUACUGCAGCCUCCUGAGAUCCCCCCUCCCACCCAGACCGGGACCUGGGGGCUCUGGCCGGAUCCAUGGGGGCAGCAAGCUGCGAGGAUGAGGAGCUGGAAUUUAAGCUGGUGUUCGGGGAGGAAAAGGAGGCCCCCCCGCUGGGCGCGGGGGGGUCGGGGGAAGAACUGGACUCAGAGGACACCCCACCAUGCUGCCGUCUGGGCCUGGGGGAGCCCCCUCCCUAUGGUGCUGCCCCUAUUGGCAUUCCCCGGCCCCCACCCCCUCGGCCUGGCAUGCACUCCCCACCACCCCGCCCGGCCCCCUCACCUGGCACUUGGGAGAGCCAGCCAGCCCGGUCAGUGAGGCUGGGGGGGCCGGGAGGGGGCUCCGGGGGGGCUGGGGGAGGCCGUGUUCUUGAGUGUCCCAGCAUCCGCAUCACCUCUAUCUCUCCCACUCCCGACCCGCCAGCUGCGCUGGAGGACAACCCAGAUGCCUGGGGGGAAGGAUCCCCCAGGGAUUACCCCCCACCAGAAGGCUUUGGAGGCUACCGAGAGGCGGGGGGCCAGGGCGGGGGUCCCUUCUUCAGCCCGAGCCCUGGCAGCAGCAGCCUGUCUUCCUGGAGCUUCUUCUCAGAUGCCUCUGACGAGGCAGCCUUGUAUGCAGCCUGUGACGAGGUGGAGUCUGAGCUAAAUGAGGCGGCCUCCCGCUUUGGCCUAGGCUCCCCACUGCCCUCACCCCGGGCCUCCCCUAGGCCGUGGACCCCCGAUGACCCCUGGAGCCUGUAUGGUCCGAGCCCUGGAGGCCGGGGUCCAGAGGAUAGCUGGCUACUCCUCAGUGCUCCUGGGCCCACCCCAGCUUCCCCACGACCUGCCUCUCCAUGUGGCAAGCGGCGCUAUUCCAGCUCAGGAACCCCAUCUUCGGCCUCCCCAGCUCUGUCCCGCCGAGGCAGCCUAGGGGAGGAGGGGCCUGAGCCACCUCCAGCACCCCCAUUGCCUCUGGUCCGGGACCCGGGCUCCCCUGGCCCCUUUGACUACACGGGGGCCCCACCAGCCGAGAGCAUCCCUCAGAAGACCCGGAGGACUUCCAGCGAGCAGGCGGUGGCCCUGCCUCGGUCUGAGGAGCCUGCCCCGUGCAAUGGGAAGCUGCCUUCGGGAGUAGAGGAGGCUGGGGCUCCUCCCGGGGGUCCUCGGAAGGAGGUUGCCGGCAUGGACUACCUGGCGGUGCCUUCCCCACUGGCUUGGUCCAAGGCCCGGACUGGGGGACACAGCCCCAUCUUCAGGACCUCUGCCCUCCCCCCGCUGGACUGGCCUCUGCCCAGCCAGUAUGAGCAGCUGGAGCUGAGGAUCGAGGUGCAGCCCAGAGCCCACCACCGGGCCCACUAUGAGACAGAGGGCAGCCGGGGAGCUGUCAAAGCUGCCCCUGGUGGUCACCCCAUUGUCAAGCUCCUAGGCUACAGUGAGAAGCCACUGACCCUACAGAUGUUCAUCGGCACCGCAGAUGAGAGGAACCUGCGACCUCACGCUUUCUAUCAGGUGCACCGUAUCACGGGCAAGAUGGUGGCCACGGCCAGCUACGAAGCUGUAGUCAGUGGUACCAAGGUGUUGGAGAUGACUCUGCUCCCUGAGAACAACAUGGCAGCCAACAUUGACUGUGCCGGAAUCCUGAAGCUUCGGAAUUCAGACAUUGAGCUGCGGAAGGGUGAGACUGACAUCGGGCGCAAGAACACACGCGUGCGGCUGGUAUUCAGGGUACACGUGCCCCAAGGCAGCGGGAAGGUCAUCUCGGUGCAGACAGCAUCGGUGCCCAUCGAGUGCUCCCAGCGCUCAGCUCAGGAGCUGCCCCAGGUGGAGGCCUACAGCCCCAGUGCCUGCUCCGUGACGGGAGGGGAGGAACUAGUGCUGACUGGCUCCAACUUCCUGCCUGACUCCAAGGUGGUGUUCAUCGAGAGGGGCCCUGACGGAAAGCUGCAAUGGGAGGAGGAGGCCACAGUGAACCGGUUGCAGAGCAACGAGGUGACGCUGACCCUGACCAUCCCUGAGUACAGCAACAAGCGGGUGUCCCGGCCAGUCCAGGUCUACUUUUACGUCUCCAACGGGCGGAGGAAGCGCAGUCCUACCCAGAGUUUCAAGUUCCUGCCUGUGAUCUUCAAGGAGGAGCCUCUACCGGACGCAUCUCUCCGGGGCUUCCCUUCAGCAUCGGGCCCCCACUUUGGCUCUGACAUGGACUUCUCACCACCCAGGCCCCCCUACCCCUCCUAUCCCCAUGAAGACCCUGCUUAUGAAACUCCUUACCUGUCAGAAGGCUUCAGCUAUGGCACGCCCCCUCUGUACCCCCAGACGGGGCCCCCGCCAUCCUACAGACCUGGCCCGCGGAUGUUCCCUGAGACUGGGGGUACCACAGGUUGCGCCCGCCCACCUCCAGUCUCAUUCCUUCCCCGGCCCUUCCCUAGCGACCCCUAUGGAGGACGGGGCUCCCCCUUUCCCCUGGGGCUGCCGUUCCCUCCUCCAGCCCCCUUCCGGCCUCCACUACCUGCAUCCCCACCACUUGAAGGCCCCUUCGCUCCCCAGAGCAGUGUUCACCCCCCACCUGCUGAGGGUUACAGUGAGGUAGGGCCGAGCUAUGGCCCUGGGGAGGGGGCUCCGGAGCAGGAGAAGUCCAGGGGUGGCUACGGCGGCAGCUUCCGAGACAGUGUCCCUAUCCAGGGUAUCACGCUGGAGGAAGUGAGUGAGAUCAUUGGCCGAGACCUGAGUGGCUUCCCUGCACCUCCCGGAGAAGAGCCUCCCGCCUGAACCAUCGCCUGGCCCCCGCUCCCCCCUGCCCUGCCCACCUUCCCUUCAUCCUGGGAUGGCGGUUCCAGAGGCUUGGGGGCCAAUCUGGUUCCUCUUUCCCCAGUUUCUUGCCUGCUCUCCCCUACCCUCCCUUCCCUCCCCUAGCUGAGGUGUGGCCCCCGGGGCCUGGUGCUGCCUUGGAGGGCUGGGGGCGGGGGAAUGUGGAGGCCUGGGAUGGGGGCGGACCCUGGGGGGGGGUACUGGGAGCGAGGACUGGAGGACUGCCAGGAGUGAAGGCCGUGUCUAGAUUGUGUACAGCCCACGGUGCUGGGAGGCUGGGGCCAGGUUGAUGGGUAAUAAACUGCUCGCUGACUAGUGUUUCAGGCUCCAAAACUCUUUGGAGAGAGACAUGGGGCAGCUUACUCUAGCCCUGGCCAGAGGAGGCUUAGAACCUGGGAAGGGAUGGGAUGUGGCUGGGAAGAUUGCAUCCCAAAGAGUAUCAGUGCGAGGGGGUGGGAGGGUUUGAAGGGUCGCAGAGGCUCCCUAACCCGGGUGAGGUCGGGAGCCAGGGUUUGUAGACCUCUCCUCCCUGGGGAUUCAGUUUCCUUUAGGAGCUUUGGGAAGAUCUGUGUAUUUUCAAGUUACUUUCUCUUGCUACCACCGAGAUGAUUCUGAUUCAUAGUCAAGGUCAGGAAACACCAGUCUAGUCCCUCUCCCUCAUUUACAAAGGAGGCGUCUAUGGCUCAGAGAGGGAAGGGGGCUUGCCCUAUGUCACACAGCUAAUCAAUAGCAGGUUGAACGCUGCACUUCUGGGCUCCUGCCCCCAGCCCACCCUCAGAUAUCCUAACCCAUGGAGGUCAGGCCCCUGAAGCUUAUCUCCUUGGAGCAGGGUAGGAGAUGAGGGAGGGCUGGCAUAGGUCCAUCCACACUCUGGAUUCUCCACCCUUUGGGGUCUGUGAAGACAUUCUGGAAAGAUCUAUGUUUCAGAGGUAGACUGCAGGAAGCCAAGCAGCUCCCCAGAUGCCCUGACAUUGCCUGAGCUCCGGCCUUUCCCACAGGUAUACCCACAUAUCACCACUGACAGGCCCGGCCUGGAAACCUGGUUUGCCCCAUGUCUUGACAGCCUAGGGGGCCAAGUCCCCAGUGGGUUGGGGAGAGCCUGGCAUACAGGAGGCACUGAGGACCACUGGCCCAGCUGCAGGGGGCCGUACCCCAAAGAUAUUCCGGGUGUUAGCACUCGGGAGACUUGCCUCCCCUCAAGGCUGGUAUGUCCAGUGCGUCUAGACAGGCCUGGCAAGUGCCCAUGUGUUCAGCUGUGGGUGUGACAGAAGCUGGCUCUGGAAUGGAGGACAGGAGAACGAGGAUGACCCCUGGUCUUGUCACUGCUGCUUUGCAAUGAAUUUCCUUUAUCUUCCUGAACACAAACUGCUGCGAACCAGACUGAUAUCAGGUGAUUGGCUCACUGGGCCAUGGCUGCUUCUCAAAGGUACCCUCCAGCAGGACUAGAGUCAUCACCCACAGCAGGAGGGACCCAGGGCACACAUGUCCUGGCCAGCACCCUUCAGCUCCCCCUCCAAGAUCUCUGACAGGCGGCGAGUCAGCCUCCGUGAAUGAAAAGCUAUAGUGAUGGGGACUCGCUGCCUCCCAGGGCAGACCGUUUCACUCUCUGCAAUAGCACUGCCACUCAUUCAUUGCCAGGCAUUUAUUGAGCAGCUACUAAGUGCCAGCCAAUGCGUCCUGGAGGACCUCAUAGCCUCAUGGGGCGACAGUAAGUAAACACACAUUAUAACUCAACAAUUCAACUCAGUAAAUGUUUCUUGUACAGAAAAUAUGUCAGGUCUUGGGCGGGAGGAGUAAACAAUUUUAAUAUGGGGAAGGAGCAGAGCACAGGGGCACUCCAUCCAGCUGUGGGGGUCAGAGGGAACUUCAGGGGUGACUUCUAGACUGGGAUCUGAAGCAUGACUGGGAACUGACUGGGCUGAGAGUAGGGGAAGGGCAGGCCAGGCAGAGCCACCAGAUGGGCCAUGUCUUGGAGGAGAGAGGCAAACAGGGAGGGCCAGCAGAUGGAGGGCUUGGCACGCUCGUGGGACUGGUGAAGUUCUGGAAGUGGGGGCGCUGUGAGUGGGGACCAGAGAGGGAAGCAGGGGCUGGGUUCUGCGGAGCCUUGUAGCCAUGCUAGGAAGCUUAGUUAUCCAAGAAUAAUGGGCGCUUUCCCACUAGAUGGUAGGGCUUAAGCUGGGGUUGAUACAAUAGAUUUGCCUCACAGCUCUUCCUUGGGUAGAGCUUCCAUCUGCUUCCCUGUGACUGCUCUUCCAGCACAGUGUUCUGCCCUGUGGGCCCAUACUUCACACGCCUAAUCCCUCUUCCCAUUAGAAUCCUGAGGUGGGCAGGUCAACUCCCAAGGUCAUUGUCUCUUCCCAGGUUCCUACAGACAUCCAGCUCCCUGAGGCUGGAGUUGGGAGAGGGAAGAGAAGGAGGCUGGAUCUUCGGUCGGUGCCAGAAAAGACUUUCUUGGCCACGGUUUCUCAAAGUGUGGUCUGAAGAUAACUUGCAUUUGAGUCAUUAGGGAGGUUUUUUGGUUUUAUUUUAUUUUAUUGUUUGUUUUUGUUUUUAAUACAGAUUUCUAGGCAACCCCUGACCCACUCAAUUGUAUUCUCUGGGGGCAGGCAUAGGUUUCUGCAUUUUAAACAGCACCCUAGGUCAGGGGUCCCCAACCCCCGGGCCGUGGACCGCUACCAGUUCCUGUCCUAUUAGGAACCAGGCCACACAGCAGGAGGUGAGCAGUGGGCGGGCGGGCGAGCAAGCGAAGCUUCAGCUGCCGCUCCCCAUUGCUCCCCAACACUUGCUCACUGCCUGAACCACCCGCCUCCGCCCCCAGCCAUUGAAAAAUUGUCUUCCAUGAAACUGGUCCCUGGUGCCAAAAAGGUUGCGAACCGCUGCCUUAGGUGAUUCUCCAGCACAGGAAAGUUUGAGAACUAGAGUCAUCUGUCAAUUAAGGGUCUUUCCUUCCCACUCCAGACUCUAAAACAGCUCCCUGCCCCCUUCUCAUAGAUCUAGUCUGGGCUGCUCUGGGUGGAAGGUCACCUGCAAAAGUGCACUUAAGGGAGGGGAAAGGCACACACAUUCCUGACAUUGCAGCUCACCUCUCCCCUCUCCUUGGCUCGGUCUUGCUCCAUGGACAAUCUGAGAUGGUCUCGGGGCAGCCUGGAGCUCUGGUGCAGCAGCAGCUGCCCCAGAACUUUUGAGUCUCCUUCUCUGGCUGGGUCUCUGACCUCUGAGACACCUGGGGAGGGCACACUGGGUAGCCUUCCAGGUGAAUCUGGGCUCUGCCUGGAGCAGUUCUGUGAUGCCUUGGUGCACCCCCUGCCAGACUUUCUAAGUGUCGGGAAGAAGGCUGCAGAGGAGUGGCAUCUCAUGGACCUCCUGGAAACUCCAGAUGUGGGAAGCGCGCAGGGGUUUGGUGCUUUUUUGGGAGCUGGUUUUAGUGGCCUCAGCAUCUGGUUGCUUCCACAAAACAUCCCAAGAAAAGAAAAGGGAAAAAAAAAGGAGAUGGGGAA